ACUGAAGCUUAAUGCGUACAACCAUAAUUUGGGAACAGAAGAAAAAGGAGAGAAAAUAAAGUAGGUAAAGCGAAAGGAAGAAAAAGAUAAAAGCAUUCGAUUAAGGCUUUAGAAUGGCAAACUUACCUCAGUCUCUCUCAGUCGGUGUCAGCAGUUUCAGAGGAAGAGGUGGUAUGUCAUCAUCGUCUUCUAGUGCCGGAGCACCGGUCAAUAAGGAUCGCAAAAUGCAAUCUGUUGAACAACUUGUGCUUGAUCUCUCCAACCCUAAUCUUCGUGAAAAUGCUCUUCUAGAACUUUCCAAGAAGAGGGAACUUUUCCAGGAUUUGCCCCCCUUAUUAUGGCACUCGUUUGGUACUAUCUCUGUAUUUCUACAGGAGAUAGUUUCUAUCUACCCUGUUUUGUCACCGCCAAACCUGACUCUUGCACAAUCCAAUAGAGUUUGUAAUGUACUAGCACUUCUUCAGUGUGUAGCCUCUCACCCUGACACCAGAUUGUUGUUACUCAAUGCAUAUAUUCCUUUGUAUCUGUACCCCUUUCUUAAUACAACAAGCAAGUCAACACCAUUUGAAUAUUUGAGGCUUACAAGCUUAGGUGUUAUUGGUGCCCUUGUGAAGGUAGACAACACUGAAGUUAUCAGUUUUCUUGUUUCGACAGAGAUAGUUCCUCGGUGCUUGUGCACGAUGGAGAUGGGGAGUGAACUAUCAAAAACAGUUGCAACUUUCAUUGUGGAAAAAAUCCUUCUAGAUGAUGUGGGUCUGAAUUACAUCUGUACCACAUCGGAUAGGUUUUUUGAAUUAGCUCAAGUUUUAGGGAAUAUGGUUGGUGCACUUGUUGAGCAGCCUUCAUCAAGAUUGCUGAAACACAUAAUCAGGUGCUAUCUUCGUUUAUCAGAUGAGCCAAGGGCUUGUCAGGCACUGAAAAUUUGUCUUCCUGAUAUGCUUAGAGAUGACACCUUCAGCAGUUGUCUUCGUGAGGAUCCAAUAAUGAGAAGGUGGCUGCAACAAUUGCUCCUUAACGUUAAUGGGAAUCGGGUUGCUCUACAAGCUGGAGGAUUUGAUCAUAUGCCGUGAACUGGAUUCAUACAAGUGGGACUUAAAUUAUGGGUGCAUUUUUAGGAAUGCAUUUCUGUACUCAUUGGGCGUGGAAUUUGAUGGAGUAUUUAAGGCGCAUACUUGGGAAUGCAUUUCUGCACUCAUACUUAUUUAUGUAGUGCAUUAUGUGAAUUGUUAUGAAGAUUAUUAUUGGGAGAUUAAGACUAUUAUUGAACCUUUAUUAAGCCUGUCUAUUUAGUUUUUUCACUCGGUAUCUAAAUUCAGAUUCGUGCGAUUUCGAGCCUUCUAGUUAAGUAUGCAAGAAUACGUAUCAUUGUGUGUGUUUGGAAUGAAAGA